UGGUCUUGACAAUCAGUUGUAUAUGUUCUCUCCAAGAUGCAACACCUCAAUACUGAUGACAAUUUUGCUAGAGAUGCAUUAGAAUACGAUGAGAUAUUGGAAAAGAUUGGCUAUGGCAAGACACAAUGGAUACUCCUGAUUGUGAGUGGUCUGCUCACAAUCACCUCAGUUGCUGCCCAACAGUCCAUGGGGAUCGUGGUGCUGGCCUCCGACUGUGAAUUUCAACCGUCGCAGGCCGAGAAGGGGGUUAUGAUGGCGGCAUGUGUGGCGGGCAUCUUUCUAUCGACAUAUAUAUGGGGAUACGUCAGCGAUGCUAUAGGUCGUCGUACAGUUCUACUCUAUGGAAUCUUUGUAUGCAUUGGCCUUCAGUUCAUUCUCAUGUUUGUUACAAGCGUUUGGCUCUUCAACAUUAUCAACUUGAUCGCCGGUAUCAGUCUCGGAGGCGUCUCCGGUGGACUUUACCCAUAUUUGAGUGAAUUUAAUAUACCUCGUCAUCGUGCUGUGACAAUAAACUACUCAACUAUGUUUGUUAGUUUAACUGCAAUCUAUGUUCCAGCUGUCUCUUGGUUAAUAUUAUCUUCGGAUUGGUCAAUCCAUCUGCUUGGUGAUUUUUAUUUCCGUCCCUGGCGUUUAAUAAUGCUGGCAAAUCUAUUACCUGGCCUUAUUGGAGGACUGAUUCUACUCAUUUACCCAGAAAGUCCAAAACUGUUGCUUGCAUUAAACAAAGAAACGGAAGCAAUGGAAGCUGUCGAUUGGAUCAGUAAAUUUAACCGUGGCUGGCCAGUUACACGCAUCUUAAAUCGCAAUGAGUUUAGCUUGAAACCGGAGGUCGAAAUGGAUGAAAAUAUUUUGGCUAAUGCUAAAGGUUGUAACUUCCUUUUAAACAUUGCUCGUGCCACACGCCCCCUAUUUCACAAGCCACAUGGCUGCAACUUUAUAUUAUGCAUCGUGGCUGUAUUCGGCAUGUUUUUCAGUUCAAAUGGAAUGCAGUUGUGGUUUCCUGAAAUCGUAAAUCGAACUUCCGGCGCUGGGUCAAAUUCUUCAAUGACAGUUUGUGAAAUAUUGGAUAAUUCGUACUUGCAGCCAAAACCCAAUGCAACAAUGAUGUGCUCCGAUACCAUAUCAACUAAGACCUAUGUUGAUAACAUGAUAGUCGGAGCUGCGUUCUUAAUUGGGUUCUCAAUACAAGGAACUCUACUUAAUCCCUUGGGGCGCAAGAAUGUUCUCAUGGCCGGUCUAACUCUUUCGAUCUUGAGUGGAAUUUUAUUGCACAUUUUGUCGAAUACCACUGCUGUUCUUAUUUUAUUCUGUCUCUAUAUUCUUUUGGGACUAACGAUUUCCAUAAUGUUGGGAGCAAUUGUAGACUUGGUGCCCACGCACUUAAGAGGAAAAGCUGUCAGUUUGUGCAUGACUUUAGGACGCUUUGGAAUUAUUGCUGCAACUAAUCUAAUAGGAGUUAUGUUGCAGCCAUAUUGCAAUUCAACAUUUGCACUCUUAACAUUUAUUCUAAUAGUUUGCAUCGUGACUGUUUAUCGGUUACCUAUCAAGAAUUCAACAUAAAUCAUACCCAGAGGUAUUUACAAUACAGAUAGUACAUAUAUAAAUAAAGUUGUUGCCAAGACUAUAUACAUACAUACAUGUCCAACUCGUUUUUUGACCAAAUUCAAGACCGCUGACCUUAAUUGUUUGCUUUCUAGAAUGCAGUGCGGAGGUGUUUGCAAAAAGCCGCGCCUUUGUAUACCCUAUACAAUACAAAUAUGGCAUGUAGAGUAUCUAUUGGUGAAAUUAAAACAAUACGCUAUAUUUGGCAUCUGAAUCAUUUAUAUAUUUGUCCAAUAUAAUAAAGAUUAGAUUUAUAUUAAAGUUUAAGUAUUAGUUAACUAGAGCCAUGGUAAGAUGCAAAAGGAACAACGAAUAUAAAGAAACUAAGGUCGUAUAUGCUGAUUCGUUUGAAGAUGGUUGAAAACUAAAAAAUUGAAUUUUAUCCUACAAUAGUAUAAGACAGCAGCAUUAAAUUCAUUAAUUAUUAAUAGAUUAUUAAUAUAUAGAAUUCAUUUAAAAUAGUGAA